CUCAGUUGAUGCAACCUGCGGCUCCUCCGGUUUAAAAGCACCGCUCCCUCCGCCUCGGCUCAUCCACAUCGACUUCAUACAUGGAGAAAACAUACCGCGUACGUUCGGAGGAGAAACCGGAGCUCAGUCAACUCGAACCAGAACCAGGAUGGUGUUUGUCGCGGCCCUGCUCUUUGGACACGGAGCGUCCGUCCUGACGAAGCCGGAGCACAGCGUGACGGACAUGAUAGGAAAGUACUGGUCCCAGCUGACAUCCCCGGGCACCGAGAGCAGCUCUACCCGGCGGGGAAGCGUCGACAGCUGGGACGAGAGAGACAACAACUCACGCUUUUGCAGUUUGGACACUGUUGUGGAGCAUGAGGAGCAGCAGCUGCUGCAGCAGGAUGUGACCCGGCAGAUCGAGCGCUGUCUGACCCAGGCCAAGGUGUCCAGCCUCCACUGCCAGGUGCUGCUGCUGCCUCGCCGCCUGACCAUGAGGAUUGGCCAGGACGUGGUGCGCUCCUCAGCCGAUGAGCCCUGUGGGCUCCGUGGCGCCUCCAUCGCAGUCUACGUGGAGUUCAAAGAUGGCCUCAAAUCCGUGGGGAGCAUCAUCCCGGACCCCAGCGUCAUCCCCACAUUUGAACUGUCUGUGAUCUUCAAGGCAGAUAAAGACGACAGUUGGCCGCCGCUCAAGAACAUCUUUGAUACCAACAAAGUGUUGAAGCUGAGAGCAGAGUACCGGCUGGUGAAGAGGAAGCUUUACUCCUCUGCCAGUCCUGUCAUCCAUGAUUUCAGCUAGGGGUCGAAGUCGAGACAGUAAACCCCUGUUUCACUGUUAACCUUGUUUUUCAUGUUUCAAAUGUCGGGCUCCAUGCACAGUCUGGCUCGGUGUGCUCUGUAACAUGCUUUUGUGUUGUAUUUCUAGUCUUAAACUGUUUUUUUGUGUCCUACAUGAAUGUCUUAUUUGUUUUUCUACUACAUAGACAGCGUGACUGUAGUAUUUUUGCACAUAGUUGAAUGUUGCUACAUACAUUGUAAACAUGGAAAUUUUCUUCAGGAAUGGGCAGGUCUCACUCCUGAAAUGUGUUGUACUUGUUAUUUAAGUAAUUUUUUUUAAUAAAUGUGACAGUAUUUCAUAGAA